AUGGCUGAAAGCACGGCAUCCGCAAGGCGCCUCUCUGCGACCAACUCACCUCGGCCUCAGCUGAACUCUGCCAUGAGGAGCAGCUCGUUCCUGCGCGAGCACCAGCAGUACCGCCCGCCCCACCACCCCGAGGGCCGCUUCGGCAUCGAUACUGUAGUCGAAGACAUGGGCCGCACAUCAGUCUCCCCUUCACGCCAGCUUCAGGCCUUCAAUGGCAUUCCCUCGACCGAGAACCCGCCGACGAUUGUCGAGAGCGGCAUCAACCACGCCUACUCCCACCCCAACUGCACGCCUCUCGCCGGGGCAAACGAGCCGCGCCUGUCAGCCGCCAACUCGGGCGCCGCCUCCCCUCCCAACGCCGCCUCCUCCGUCGACCCUUCUGCCUCGGACAGCAACAUCCCCGCCAACUCGGCGCCCACGCAGAAUCCUGAUGCCUUCCCUCUGGAGCCCCCGGCCGCCGAGCCUGAGCAGCUUGACCACCUGUAUGGUUCAUACAUCUCGCCCCUCUGCAUCACCUCGUUCCUCCACCUCAUGUCGACGUUCCCCCUUCCCCAGGGCGAGACCGACCUCAACUCAUCCCACCGCUGCCUCGACCGGCAGGACAGCCCACGAGUCGUCGAGCUGACCCUGUCGCCGGCGCCCUCGCCGUCUUUCCUCGGGCUCCGCGACCUCCGCAAGCACGAGCUCAUCUAUCGAUUCGAGCAGGAGUGGGGAGUCGAUGUCGCCCUUCAGCCUGAUACUCUCUGGCGCCGCCACCCGCGUCUCGUAGUUUUCGACAUGGACAGCACCCUCAUUACACAGGAGGUCAUUGACCUUCUCGCCGCCACCAUUACCAACCCCCCCGACCUCGCCGCUCGGGUCGCUGACAUCACCCAUCGCGCUAUGCUCGGUGAGCUCGAAUUCGAUGCUGCCUUCCGUGAGCGUGUCCAGCUGCUCGCUGGUCUGCCCGCCUCCAUCUUUGCCGACCUGCGCAAGGAUCUCGACGUUACAAAUGGCGUCCCCAAACUGAUCAAGGCGCUCAAACGCCUCGGCGUCAAAACGGCCGUCCUCUCUGGCGGUUUCCUCCCCCUGACUAGCUGGUUAGCCGGCGAGCUGGGCAUCGAUCACGCCCACGCCAAUGAAGUUGUCAUUGACGAGGCCACCGGCCGCCUGACGGGCGAGGUCAAGGGCACCAUCGUUGGCAAGGAGCGCAAGCGCGACCUCCUUGUCCAGAUUGCCCAGCAGGAGGGUGUUGAUCUGUCGCAGGUCGUGGCUGUCGGUGAUGGCGCCAAUGAUUUGCUCAUGAUGGAGGCGGCCGGUCUUGGCGUCGCGUGGAAUGCUAAGCCGAGGGUGCAGAUGGAGGCUGACGCCCGUCUGAAUGGCGACAGCCUGCUGGACCUGCUGUACAUGUUUGGCUUCUCAGCUGAGGAAAUAGAGGCGCUUUCUUCAUAG